UGAUCCCCUCAACAACAUAAACAAUCACAUUUUGUCCUCCAGCGCUUGGUCCUGUGCUUCCUCCGCCAUCCUCUCUCUCCCUCUCUUUUUUUUUACUCGCACAAACCACUACAAUGAAUUCUAAACGACAAACGUUUCAAUGGGGUUUAGAGUCAUUUGAGAUCCCUGUUAUUCUGGGGGAUGAUGAAACUGAGGGCAAACCAUUCGUUUUAUGGGAUGAUAUCAAGCAAAAGGCUCCUCCAACCGCCCAUCUUCAGCGUGAGAAACAGACACUUGAUUUUAUGACAGAUGCUGAGGGCAAAAGUCUAUUACCCCUUCGGAUAGAACAUCAGCCUGGGUCAACCAUUGAAAUUAUUUUUGAUCGAAGCAGUCUCCCAGAUCCUCUACUGGACACACAUACUCCCGCAACACCCUAUUAUAUCUCAGACGAGUCACACAUGAGCGACAUCGAGACCAGGAGCCACUCCAACAUGUCCACAUCCUCUUACUCGUCGGAACCUACUACAGAGUCUCAGGUCUCGACCUUUGCUUCCGAGUAUCAUCCUCGCGCCAUUCAAAGCAACCCUAUGCCCCAGGCAAAUAUGCGUGCUAAGAAUUCUAUAGAACAGCGCCAAUUACUGAAGGCAGAAAUGCUCAAGCGCCGUGAGCUACAACAACAGACAGAUGAAAUGAGGCAAUCCAUAUUCCAAAUGCAGCAGCGUGCUCUUGACCGCCUAGCUCAUAUCCGGAGUCAGGUUCAAACGAUCCUUAGUCAAAAUGGAACCUGGCGAAGCUCUCGUAUUCCAAGGUUGUUCAUCGUAUUGCCAAACAAUAGCAGCACCAUUGGAAGCAGUUCAAGUAGUAGUGUUGGUGGUACAACCCUUGUAGGCUCUCAGCAAAGAUUUGAGGAUCUCACACACAGCGAAACGUUUCGGCUAUACUUCCUUUGCGAAUGCGGCAACCACACGACCCCACACAAAGGCAGCAAGAUUCCUCAUCACAUUCAUUUAGUGCGGCAUGAAGGAUACGACAUCGAGAACCCAGCAGAGUUUUUCCGGCAUUAUGGCGCUCACAUUCUUAGUCUUUUACAUAUGAUGAAAUAUGGGAUAUCGGUGGCAGGAUUCACAGCUCUACCAUUGUCACCUCAAGCGAGUAUAGAACCAACUAGUAGGACCCAACAACCUUCACGAAAACUUGAGCCUCUUGUAAACCAUGCAAUUGAGGUCUUGGAAAAUUUGUCCGCUAACGGAUAUUUCUCUAUCAUAUCCAAUGGACCCACGAAACAGCAACAAAAAGAUGGGUUGGAUGAUUCACAAGUGGUAGAUCUCAAGGAACUAGGGGCAUAUUUGAAGGGUAAAGAAGCUCAUGGACGUGUAGGAAACCUCCAUCGUAUCAUAACAAGGGAGGGACAUGUCAAAUGGGUCUGUCGGGACCACUAUCACGACAGAUAUACUGCUAGUGCGAUCAAGGAGAUCAGGGAGAUUCUGGACGUCCAUUCUGGGGAGUUUGACGACCAUCUAGGACGCAUAGAUGUUACUCUUGCUUCUCCUGGGGCUGCACUACAUUUUUACAAAGCAAUCGAGCGAGGCAAAUUUAUACAGGAAGUAAAAGUCAGGAUGACAUGGGAUGUUUCCAUGAGUGAUCUAAAGUCGCUGCGGGAUGUCAUAUCAAAGUCCCGUGUGGUUUGCUUGGAACUAGCAUGCUCAGCAUCCAACGCCGCCUCAGACAUCCUGAACCGCAACAAAAGGUCGGACCCCCUAUGGCAGACAAUAGAAAGUCCAAGGCUCCAAUCAUUUACAUUGACAGAGUAUGUUGGAUUUUUUUCCCGAGUGAGCGUUCCAGCGGCGACAACACAUCUCAGAGUUCUUAGGAUAUCCGAGCGUGUAGAUUGGAAAAAAGAUGGCAGUAGAGUCGUUGAUUUUCUUCGUCUAUGUCCUCGGCUUAAUGAGCUUCACCUUGGGUGUACGAACGUGGAUGAUGCAUAUGCUGCGAUCAGGAGGACAACCACUGGAUUUUGUCCGCUCGAGCAUCUUGCGCUCGAUAAUGGAGCCACAAGUGGUAUGCUCGCAAAAUUUCGUGAUGGCGAGCCAACCUUUAUGGAUUUAUUAGCUUCAGAUAUAUCCAGCCCUCUGCUACUUGGUGCCAAAGGCCUUCAGAUUCUCCAUUUACGGCCCUUGACAGUUACAGAGAUGGAUCCGAGCCUCGUAGAAGGCCUUGUGCGUAGAAACCCCAUUCUUAACAAACUAAUGAUCUUCUGUCCGGUAUCAGAUUUCCUAAGGUCGCUGACGAUCAUUCAGGAGACGGCUACGACGAGCAAGCGGUGUGAACUCAAUACGCUUACUCUGUAUUGUAAUCGAAAUUUACUCCACGCCACUAAUAUUCAAAACAAAAUCUCUGUCAAGUUGGAGCUGAUGUCGCCUGGUGUCCCGUCGGAUAUUCUUAAUUCAUUAUUACGAGUUUAUGGCUCCAGGUUGACGAAAUUCCGAGUUGAGGGAGACGCUUCCAAGAGUUUAUCGUUAUUGAGCUUGACGAUGCGGCAUACAAAGUCAAUUCUUAGCCGGCUAGACAUCGCUUGUCCAUUGCUCACGCCACUUAUACUGAGAGAUCUAAAGUCGAUUAUAGAAUGCUGCCGCUCAAGCUUAUCACAUCUCUCCAUCGUGGUUUACUCAGCAUGGGAGGGUAGCAAGGCUGAUACCGAGCUCGCCAAUUUCAUUGUUGAGUUUGGACCAUGCUGGACCGAAAUAAUGGUCAGCUCCCCGACAGUGGAUGCUUGGAAGAUGGCCUUCAGCCGUCGAGGCUUUUUCGUUCCUGAUGAUGUCUUUAAAAUACUUUCGCCAUCCUCGUCACGGCUCCCAAAAACAGAAGAGAGACAUGGAGCUGUUCCACAGAGUCAGUCUAAAAAGUUAGACAGUUUGCACAAAAGUUUUCUUAAAACGAUAGGGGGUGGCAAUCAUAGCUGAU